CUCUAUUGCGCCCUCUUGAGUUUGCCUGUCUUUUUCUUGGGUUCCAGUGUCAGUUAGACAUGGCUGCUACUCUUUCUGCCGGCGUUUUCUCUCGGUUUGCAACUAGGAAAUACCUCUUAUUGCCAGGCCAUGCAAGACGAUGCAUUUCAGUGUCUUCAUCGCUGGCAGCUCGAACACACGUCAGCUACGAGCUCAAGGAUGAUGUUGCGGUUAUCCGACUCAAUGAUCCAGCAUCCAAGGUGAACACACUGUCUGUGCAGAUGCAGUCUGAGUUGACGGAAGUGAUGGGUGAGAUCUGGUCCAACGGAGCUGUGAAAAGUGCCGUCCUUAUCUCCAGCAAGCCUGGCUGCUUUAUUGCUGGAGCGGAUAUCAAUAUGAUCCAGGCCUGCAAGAGCAGUGAGGAGGUUACCCGUCUCUCCCAGGAAGGUCAGAAGAUGUUUGAGAGGAUUGAGAAGUCUCCCAUCCCUAUUGUGGCUGCCAUCAAUGGCUCCUGUUUAGGUGGAGGGCUUGAGUUUGCCAUCGCCUGCCAGUAUCGAAUCGCCACCAAAAGUCGAAAAACAAUACUGGGCACACCAGAGGUCAUGCUUGGUCUGCUGCCUGGAGCGGGUGGCACCCAGAGACUACCCCAAAUGGUGGGUCUCCCUGGAGCGUUUGACAUGAUGCUGACAGGCAGAAACAUCCGGGCUGAUAAAGCUAAGAAGAUGGGGCUAUUGCACCAGCUUGUGGACCCUCUGGGUCCUGGUGUGAAGCCUGCAGAGGAAAGAACGAUUGAAUACCUGGAGGAGGUAGCAGUGGGCGUGGCUAAGGGAAUAGCCAACAAGAAGGUUUCCCUUUCCAAAGAGAAAAGUCUCAUGCAAAAGCUCCAGGACACAGUGAUGGGUCUGGGUCCAGUAAAGAAGAAGAUCUACAACACUGUUAGUGAGAAGGUCCAGAAACAAACCAAAGGACUCUACCCCGCUCCUGUCAAAAUCAUUGAGUCGGUCAAGACUGGAGUGGAGGAAGGAAGAGAAGCAGGCUAUCUGGCUGAAUCUGAGAACUUUGGGAAGCUGGCAGUGACACCAGAGUCCAAAGCCCUGAUUGGCCUGUAUCAUGGCCAGGUUACUUGUAAGAAGAACCGAUUUGGGACGCCAGAGAAGGAAGUCAAGACCCUUGCAAUCUUGGGUGCAGGUCUGAUGGGUGCAGGCAUUGCUCAGGUAUCCAUAGACAAAGGCCUCAACACCAUAUUGAAGGACUCUGCAGUUGAGGGCAUCAGCAGAGGAGAAGAGCAGGUCUACAAAGGUCUGAACACCAAGGUGAAGAAGAGAGCGCUGUCGUCAUUUGAGCGAGAUGCCACAAUGUCCAACCUCUCGACACAGCUCGACUACACAGGCUUCUCGUCCGCCGACAUGGUGAUAGAGGCCGUAUUUGAGGAUAUCCACAUUAAACACAAAGUCCUCAAGGAGGUUGAGGCUGUGAUCCCUCCUCACUGCGUGUUCGCCUCCAACACGUCAGCACUGCCCAUUAAGGAUAUUGCUGUUGCAAGCAGACGGCCUGAAAAGGUGAUCGGCAUGCACUACUUCUCACCGGUGGACAAGAUGCAGCUGCUGGAGAUCAUCACCACCGAUAAGACAUCCAAGGACACACUGGCCUCGGCUGUCGCCGUGGGCCUCAAACAGGGCAAGAUUGUCAUUGUUGUUGGAGAUGGUCCUGGGUUUUACACCACUCGCUGCUUGGCUCCCAUGCUGGCAGAAGCUGUCAGGGUGCUUCAGGAAGGUGUAGGUCCAAAGAAGCUUGACAGCUUGACAACCAGCUUUGGCUUUCCUGUCGGCGCAGCAACGCUUGCUGAUGAAGUCGGCAUUGAUGUGGCAGCUCAUGUGGCCGAGGAUCUGGGGAAUGCUUUUGGUUCUCGCUUUGGAGGCGGGAAUGUGGAAGUUCUGAAGACCAUGAUAGAGAAAGGCUUCAAAGGUCGUAAAUCAGGAAAAGGCUGUUUUAUCUAUGGCAAAGGAAAAAAAGACAAGAGAGUCAACCCCGAUGCUGAAGCCAUCCUGAAGAAGUACAGACUAUCUGCCCCUCCCACAGUAUCAUCCGACUCUGACGUCCAGUACAGACUAGUGUCUCGCUUUGUCAACGAAGCGGUGUUGUGUCUCCAGGAGGGCAUCCUGAUGAAUCCAGUAGAGGGAGACAUUGGAGCUGUGUUUGGACUCGGCUUUCCCCCCUGCCUGGGCGGUCCAUUCAGGUUUUUGGACUCGUUUGGCGCCGAGCGUCUCGUCACUACCAUGAGGCGUUUUGAGGAAGUGUAUGGAAACCAGUUCACGCCAUGCCAGCUCUUACUGGACCACGCUAAAGAUUCCAGCAAGAAGUUCCACAAGUGAUCCGUCUUCCUUAAAUAAUUUGGGUUUCUCAAAUGUUGCCCUAAGUCAUACACAAUGACAGGAGGACAAACAGCAUGAGAACAGACAUGCUCAACCGAAUGUGAGUAAUGGAGAGGUGAAUGUUUUUUUUAUUUAUCAGAUAUGGUGAUUGUGAAACUUUGGACACACUUUGAUGUUGUUGUUGCCUCAGUAUGUACAGUAAAAACAAUGGCAUCGAUUAUGUCAUCAUUUUGAAGUUUGCAUCAUUUAAUAGGCCUUAAGAUGUUAAUAAUAUUAAUUGCUAGUUUGUUUAAAAAAAAAAAAAGUGAAAUAAAUGUCAACAAAUAAAUUCAAGCAUGAUUUAAUUUAUUAUUUCUGCAUGGCUAAAUCAAGCAUUUCAACCAAAGUGUUCUGAGGUACAUUUUAGAAACUCUAUUUUUGAGGCAGUGAAAAAUCCAAGAAAGCUUGGCCACAAAGAAGGACGAGAAACAGAACAGUCUGUGUUACCCAUAAAGGGAAUGUUAAAGAUUUCACUCUUGUAUUGAUUUAUGUAUGACAGCUGGCGUCUAAUCUUUUUAUUCAUUUCUUUUUUAUACAUAUCGCAGUCAGGCCACAAUACCUUCACAAUAUGUUUUGGAGGUUUGUAAUAGUCCACAAAAGGCUGUAAAUUGCUUUUUGCAACUUACAAUGCUUCUACUGUGGUCAAAAUUGUGCCACAUUUAACAACAGCGUUACCAGUGUCAACAGAGCUGAACCAUGUAUUAAAACACUGUAUGGACCCAAAUAUAAGAUGGUAUUUUUUUCCAGGCUAAGGGGGGUCGUCUUAUUUGCGGUGUAGAGAAUUACACAUGCAGUUCAACAGGUGGCGCCAAAUGAAUUCUCCCCGAACGAGUCAGACCUUUUCUUCCUGUCACUCACACACACCAGGGGCCUCACAUGAUGAGCACGUUAGCACACGACAGAGGACAAAUUAUGAUGGCGAACGCUGAAGUGGAGUCAUCAAAUAACUGUUGAGCAGCUAAGAAAUAUUUUUUUAUUGCAAUGUACCUGAUAUUUAAAAAAAGAUAGAUUUUUGUCUUGAAAAAGGUGUCGUAUAUUCAGGUGAA